GGCCAUAGAGGAAGUAACAGGAUUCGCUCAGUAGUUAAAUAUUCCUAAAUUUCUAGAUUUAUUAUUUCAGAAGAAUGCCUUUUCUGUUUAACUUCUCAACCGGAGUGGAGGGUAGGGGGGAGAAGAGAGGGAUUGAAGAAUUAGAAUCAACUAUCGUCUGGAAGAAGGCGAAAGAAGUUACCAUCACAGAUAAUCAAAUCGAAAGAAUAUCUGCACUAGAGUCUGUUGAAUUAUUUUAUCUUGAAGAUAAAGAUUUUUCAGAGAAAAACAAUAAAUCAUCCACAGAUGGGAUUCUUGAUUCUAUUGAGGAGGGAGAUGAAGAUUCAGAGGACGAGGAGGAGGAUUCAGUUGUACCUCUGAGUAGGACGGAGGACGAAGAGCAGAAAUUGAUUGCUCCGGAGGCAUCCUCUAAAGUUGUAGAGAGGAGAAGACAUACCUUAAACUUUAUUAACAGUGAGACAGUUGUAACAAACCUGAAAAUAAACAAAUAUAAAGGUGAUCUUUCGGCAGCAUUAGAGGAUAAAACUGAUCUAGUUGCAGGUGUUUACGAAGGAGGUUUAAAGAUCUGGGAGUGCUCAGAUGAUCUUGUUAAAUAUCUGUUUAAUGAAUAUGACACUAAGUUGGAAGGGCAAAAGGUUUUAGAGUUGGGGUGUGGAGCUGGACUUCCUGGUGUUUUAGCGUUCACCAUGGGGGCAACAGUUCAUUUUAACGACUACAACCCUGAGGUGCUGGAAGAGAUAACUAUUCCCAAUCUUCUUCUUAAUCUUCAUAUUCCUGAUAAGCACCAGUCAAGGACCAGAUUUUUCUCCGGAGACUGGGGUUCCCUAGCUAGUGAUGUCCUUAGCACUGAGAUCACAAAUGAAGAAGAUAAAUACGAUCUAAUCCUAACCUCUGAAACCAUUUACAACGUUGCAAAUCAUUCUAAACUAAUCUCUAUAUUCAAGAACUUCUUAAAACCUGCCGGUUGUGUUCUUAUUGCUGCAAAAACUUAUUAUUUCGGUGUAGGAGGAGGGGUUCAAGAAUUCCAGAGUAAACUGGAGGCUCAAGGGUUUCUAGUCACGUGUUUGAAAAAAUACGAGGAUGGGGUUAAGAGAGAAAUCAUAUCAGCAAAGUUUUCCUAGAAAUAAAUUUUAUAUUUUUUUAAAUGACAUACUUCUCAGUCUCAUGUUUAGAAUUGUUAUGUUUUAAAAUCAUUUAAUUUCUUCCUUUAGUGUGGUGUCUAGUAAGUAAUAAUAAAGUUGUCAGAUGUCACAAAAAAAACUUGGUGAAUAAGCGUUAAGCGUUAAAUGAUUUAUGUAACUAAGUUAAAGAAGAAAGGCAAAAUACACCAAAAUGGAAUUGGUCAUUUUUGUUAAUAGUAUUUUGAUUAAAAUCUGAUUUGGUAUAAAAACAAACUUUCUCAAAGAAGACUCUAAAAUUUAGUCUAAUGAAAACAGAUUUGUUCAAUUUAAUGAAAAAACGUUCUUAAACCUAGAAAAGUUAUCUGCGUAAUAUCCCUGUCACACCGACCUAUGAUUUUAGUUGCGUCAUAACUACGAAAUAUUUUACCAUAUCUCUUGUGGUUUUUAGAUUAUAUAUAUAUAUGUCCUUAAAGGGACUGUAGACGUAAUUUCAAGUGACGCGCCAUCUAAGAGUGACAGAGGUAAACCUUUAUAAUGUGAAAGAUAUCAUCUUCUUCCUACCUCGAAAAAUGUUCAAUUCUGAUAAGUUUUCCAUUUUUUUCUAAGCAGAAGUUCUCGUACAUACAGACAAAGUUUUGAAGGAUACCGUUGUGAAUCGGAAAGGCCCCUCUUAUUAUUGGAGAGUCACUUGAAAUUACACAAGCAGUCCCUUUUGUGGGAUUAUGGUGGAAAAUUUACCUUGUUAAAUUCUGACCUCUCCUUCACAGACAAGUGUUCUACAAUUCAGAAAAUCAGACACCCCCCCCCCCCCCAUCCACACACCUGACAAGUAUUUAGUUUCCUACUGGUGAUACAGCUGAUAAAAUGAUGUUAUACUUAUAUAGAUAGUUAGAUAGAUAGUUAACUAGUAAAUUGAUAACAAAAGGGACUCCAGGAGUCAGUAGUAUCUAAAGUGUGAAGUAAGGUGUAAUUACUUCAAGUGACUUUGGUAGAAUUCUUUAUGCUUCUUGUUUUAAAAGAAUGUAUUUUAUUAAAAAAAGGAGUCUGAAUUUUGCCUUGUUCCCUUAGCAAAGAAAUAAAAAUAGAAAACCAAUUAAUUCAGUGUGCUCAUCAAGAAACCAUUUUUGUAAGAAACUGCCAAUUUUAAACCAGUUCAAUUAAACAUUUUUGUUGGUAAACAACUAGGCUGUAACAAACCAAUAUAUUCGAACAUUUUAGAAACGCACUAUCUAGUCUUUAUCAAAUUAGAGUAAUAAAGAUUUAGUAGAACUAA